AUGAUCUCCCUCAACCUGGACCACACUUUCUGUUUCUAUAACUGGCAUGCUAAAGUGCUCAAGACCCUGCGAGCGUACAAGCUUUACCACCUCAACGACUCAUCUAUCGAACGACCCCUUUGCAGUGAUCCCGAUGCUGGAAGAUGUUUUAAGUUUUCCGUCUGGGUCAGCCGAUGGAUGAUGAGCUGUAUUAGACUUGUUUUUGGGGAAGAAGUUCUUCUCCGAGGCCGCGAUAUCGAGUUUGCUGAUGGUUUCAUGCGAGAUUUGAGAGAGUUUCUCGAUUGCGAGUCUCAGCUCCAGGAGGAUCGCGUGCUUUCGCAUCUGAAAAGCCCAGCGGGAUGA